UUAACUUUAUAGAAAGCAUUCAAAGACCAUAUAAACUCUCUCUCUUCACAUUUUUUUGUCUGAAAAAACAUCAUCAACACUUGACUCUUCAUGCUAUAACCAAUUUUACAAUAAUCCAAUUUUUCCAACUUUUUUAGAGGACCCAAAACUUCUGUUUAACUUAUAUAUCUCUUUGCUUUCACCAUAUUUUUGUAUAAUAUGUGAAUAAUUUGGAGUUAUGACAAGGGUAACCCGUGAUUUUGGAGAUACAAUGCAAAGGGAUGCUGUUCCUCCUGUAUCAGCAGAUGUGAUUUUCCCAUCUAGUCGCUUUCCAAAUUACAAAAUUGGACCUAACAAUCAGAUUGUGGAGGUCAAGCAGGAUUCUAAGGCACUUACAAUGAAAGAGGUGGUUGCUCGAGAAACUGCCCAGUUAUUAGAACAGCAAAAACGGCUCUCUGUUCGCGAUCUAGCCAGUAAAUUUGAAAAGGGUCUGGCUGCCGCUGCCAAGUUGUCUGACGAGGCAAGAAUGAAAGAUGCAGCUUCACUAGAGAAGCAUGUGCUGUUAAAGAAGCUCAGAGAUGCUCUUGAAGCUUUGAGAGGACGUGUAGCGGGGAAAAACAAGGAUGACGUCGAGGAAGCUAUUGCUAUGGUUGAAGCUUUAGCAGUACAAUUAAGUCAAAGGGAAGGAGAACUGAUUCAGGAAAAGACCGAAGUGAAAAAGCUUGCAACGUUUCUGAAGCAGGCUUCUGAAGAUGCUAAGAAACUUGUUGAGGAAGAAAGAGCUUAUGCGAGGGCUGAAAAUGAGAAUGCUAGAGCAGCUGUCCAGAGAGUGGAAGAGGCUCUUCAGGAGUAUGAGCGGAAGUCCGGGGCCUCAGGAAAGCAGGACAUGGAGGAAUUAAUGAAGGAAGUUCAUGAGGCAAGGCGAAUCAAAAUGCUACAUCAACCUAGUAAGGUCAUGGACAUGGAGCAUGAGCUUCAAGCAUUGCGAGUGCAGCUUGCAGAGAAGUGCAAGUAUUCCAUACAGCUCCAGAAAGAGCUGGCAAGAAAGAUGGGUGAGGAUACUGUAUCGCAGUUAUAUGAAUUGGAUGGCACGGAAGCCCUGGGUUCGUUUUUGCAAAUACAGCCCUGUUCUCUUGCUGCUUCAGAACUAUCAGAAUGUUCAAUUCAGUGGUAUCGCUUAGCGUGUGAAGGCGGAAAACAAGAACCUAUUUCAGGAGCCACAAAAACUGUUUAUGCUCCAGAACCAUUUGAUGUUGGACGAAUCUUGCAAGCGGAGAUCACAUAUGAAGGCCAGACAACAUCAGUGACGACUGCUGGUCCUAUUGAUCCAGCUGCAGGUUUGGGGAACUAUGUUGAAGCUUUGGUGCGAAGGCAUGACAUUGAAUUUAAUGUAGUUGUUGUCCAGAUGAACGGAACAGAUCAUACAUCAGAGACUAUCCAUGUACUGCACAUUGGAAGGAUGAGAAUGAAACUUUGUAAAGGGAAGACAAGUGUAGCAAAAGAAUACUAUUCCACUUCAAUGCAGUUAUGUGGCGUCAGAGGUGGUGGGAAUGCUGCAGCUCAGGCAGCAUUUUGGCAAGUAAAGACGGGACUCUCCUUUAUAUUGGCGUUUGAAACGGAGAGAGAAAGAAAUGCUGCCAUUAUGCUGGCCAGAAGAUUUGCCUAUGACUGCAAUAUUAUGCUAUCUGGACCGGAUGAUCGAGCUGCUCCUGGAGCUUAAGAAACUACUAUAAUUUCCCCCGGAAAAGUUGUAAUUAUACUCUGAUGUAUUUAUAGGUUUUGUAGUAGUGAAUAUGCAAUAGGGUUGAUUGUUGUGUGGCAUUUUAAAACCACCUUCUUGUCUUCUCUUUAUUUCUAUCUUGAUAGCAAGGCAUUGUUUUUUCCCUGCCUCUAUUUGAUUGUAAUGAUUCUUUGCUCUUGGUUUCUUUGUUUUGGCAAGUGAUUGUAAUUGAGCUUAACUACAUCUGAUUUUGGAAUGGCUUGUUGUGUUUGGCUA